CUGGCCAGCAGGGGACAGCCUCCUCCACCUCCUCCGGCUCUCUGGGAGCCCCUUGACCUGGGUCAGAACGGGUCAGACCGGGCUGUUUUCCUUCCUCCUGGCCCGUGGAUGGAGCUCCGUACCGUGAUGUCUGGGGCAGAAGCUCCGCCGCGCUGCGGUCUCCGGGUCCUGGCAGACUCGGUGUCGGAGCAGCUGGCCCGGGUCGGGGAGGAGGUGUUGUCCGUGCUGGAGAAGCGCAGCGGCGGGUCCAGCUGCGGCGGAGCUCCGCUGCUGCGGCUGCUGCUCAGCGAGCGACUGGCGGCGGCGGCGCAGCGGAUCGUGGCGCUGCUAGAGCGGGAGGUGGAGGAGUACCAGCGGCAGCUGGAGCGGCAGGGCCGGCUGCUGGAGGCGGUGCUGAGCCCGGUGGUCCGACUGACCCGGACAGACUCGUCUCCUCUCAGGACAACGGCCACUGAUGAUGACCUGCCAACAGACUCCGCCCACCUGCCCAUAGCCCCACUAAGCUCCGCCUCUUCGGAAGUCUCUGCAACUGAGAGUGAUGCUGACUGGAGAGGCGACGGCAUCUCUGAUAGCAAAACAACAGACAGGACAGCCGGAGGGCGGCGGCUCAGCAAACAGCGGGCGACACCUUCAGACCGGCCGGAGAAUCAGCGCUGCUUCAUCUGUGAGAAAAGUUUCCGUCUCAGAGGGAAUCUGCUGAAACAUGUAGAGACGCACUCAGAUGACCCACAGCGUCUCUGUGGAGUCUGUGGACAGCAUGUCGAGUCCUCGGAUGGUUUUUCGGACCACCUCAGGACUCACAGAGAAACCGGCGGUGGCACCUGCGAUGUCUGUGGGAAAACAUUUCAGAACAUGGAGACACACAUGAGGAGCCACACCGGCAUCAAACCGUUCAACUGUGACGUUUGUGGCAAACGUUUCCCUCGACCUGGAGCACUGCGGCGCCACAAGAAGAUCCACAGCAGGACGGAGCCACUGCACCCGAGGACGGAUGGAGGACAGACGGAAGAAGAUGACAGCAGUGAUGAUGGCCAGUCGGUGACGCUGAAACCACAGAGAGAUGGAGGACAUGUCUCUGGCCAGCCGCCCGCCACCCUCUGCUGCAGAGUCUGCGGUGAUUCCUUCCACAGCCGUGGCUUCCUGAGGAAACAUGCUGAGACACACUGCAGGGAUGCUGCCUGCAUCUGUGGGGUCUGCGGCAACCAGCUUGACUCACCUGAUGCUCUGCUAACUCACCUGCAGUCUCACCGUGAGACCAGCGGCACCUGCAGCAUCUGUGGGAAGAAGUUCCAGAACAUGGAGACGCACAUGCGCAGUCAUACCGGCAUCAAACCGUACCGCUGCGGUGUCUGUGCCAAACGCUUCCCCCGACCUGGAGCACUCAGGCGCCACAAGAAGAUUCACAGCGGCGAGCGUCCACACGUCUGCCAGUACUGUGGCAAGACUUUCAUCGAGAGCAGCGCCCUGAAAAUGCACAGCCGUAGUCACUCAUGGGAGGUCCAGGAAGACGAUGAAGUCCAGUCUGCAGUAGACGCUCCAAGUCUGAUGCCUGAGCCGAAGGACACUAGCAUGCCACCUCCGGCACUACCCUGUUGUAAAGUGUGCGGUGAAGCAUUUCACAGUCAUGGCAGUCUGAGGAAACAUGCCAAGAGCCACUCAGCAGAGUCCAUCUGCGGCAUCUGUGGUGAAAACCUGCCAGCAUCACAAAUGCUGAUGGACCACUUACAGACUCACCGAGACGCCGGGAAGAUCUGCCACAUCUGUGGCAAAACCUACCAGAACAUUGACACCCACAUGCGCAGCCACACAGGCGUCAAACCGUACCGCUGCGGCAUCUGUGGGAAAAGCUUCCCACGACCCGGUGCUCUGCGGCGCCACAAGAGGAUCCACAGUGGUGAGCGGCCGUACAUCUGUGAGUUCUGUGGGAAGACUUUCAUCGAUAAUGGUGCUCUGACAACGCACAUCAGGAACCACACCGGAGACAAACCUGCCAACCGCGUGUCCUGUGACACUUGUGGCAAAAGCCUGGCCUCAGUUCAUGUACUCGAAGUACACAAGAGGAUCCACACUGGCGAAAAGCCCUUCCAGUGUCGUGUCUGUGGAAAAGCCUUCAGGCAGGUAGGAGGGCUGAAUGCCCAUAUGCUGACACACACUGGUGAGAAGCCAUUUGGCUGCAGCGUCUGUGGCAAGAGCUUCAGCACCAAAGGUUACCUGGAGACACACCUACGCUUCCACCGCAAGGAGCGUGCCUUCAGCUGCCCACUAUGCUGGAAGGCCUUUGUCACCAAGAACGACCUGAAGAAACACCUGCUGACACAUAGCGGCGAGAAACCGUACAGCUGCCGCAUUUGCGGAAAGAGCUACCAGGAGAAACGCUCCCGAGAUGUUCACAUGAAGGUCCACCUGGACGCACACGUCAACAAGGAGCCAGUCAGAGGGCAGGAUGCCCUGCAGCCGGAUUUAAUCCAGCUGUAGAGCUACAGUUUGUUACACCAGUUUGUACUGGUUCUACACACUGGUGAUCAGAAACCAGUUGACUGGACACUAAACUGUUCCAGACAGUCACCAAACAAAUCCAAGCAUAAUCCAAAUAAACUAAAUCCAUAUGAGAAAAAUUAUUUAAAAAGUUUUUUCCCAUGUUUUACACACACCCACACACUCAUUCAAACAUAUGUAAAUAUAUAUAUAUAUAUAUAUAUAGGGCUUCAGGUCAUUUAAAUUCUGAUGAAGGAGCUCCUGCAGGUCACAGAAUUCAUUGUUACAUUUCUCUUAAAGUUCUGCUGCGAUUCCUCAAAUGUUUAAGGGUUUUUGAAAUGUACAAGUUACUCAGCUGUCAUUUUAUCAUCAUCGAAUCACAGGUGAUUGGCUGGUUCUUCUCUUUAAACUUAAAAAUACAGUUCAGCUGAAAAUUCCUUCAGCGAGUGAGCGGCCAUGAUGGUGUGUUCAAGUACAUCAACUAGUGUUAGACAAAAGAAACACAAACAGAUGAGUAUUUUCAUUAAGAGGAGUGUGGGAGGAAGGCGGUGUGUGUGUGUGUGUGUGUGGGUGGUCAUUUCCAGGAAGAGGUACAUAGAAGGAGAGUUUGUGUGUGUUACUAAGUGACUUCCUGGUCCACCGGGUGUAUCCUGUAAAACGCAGACACACACAUGCACACUGGGUCAUGUGUGUGUGUUGUAUGUUAACUUAUAAAACAAUGACAUACAUUGUGAUGUCACAGCUUAUUUCCUGCCAUCACGGUCCAGUGUGUUGCUGAUUAUCUUGUAUCAUCAGGAUGGGCACGUUCAGAAAAGCAGAGAUUUUAGAGCAGCUUCUAGCAGGUGAGAGUUGGGCGGAGAGUUCAGCUGAAGGUCAAACUGUUGAAUCAUUAAACCCGAACUGAUCGUCGUAUAAAACUGGCA